GCAAGUAUACAUCUAAGUAUAAAUUGUGGAAGAAUUGAUGCUCAUAUAAUAACAAGAAAAAUUACAGUGCGAGUAUCCUGGUUAUCUAUAAUAAUAACAAUUCUAAGUAUGCAUCUGAUAUAUAGAUAUAUACAUUUUGCUAUAUCAACAAUUUUAGAUUACCGCAUCCGUCUAAGAUCAAGCGUGACAAAUUAUUGGCAUUGAUCUUACUGCCGUUUUCUGGUAAUCACAUUAUUAAUUCAAACUAAAGCAUUUUCAAUCAAUGAUUGAAAAAAAUAGAAGAUUAAACAUCAAAAAAGCUCUUUAUGGAUUCUAUUCCUUGAACUUUAAGAAUGUAUCUGCCUGAUGCAUACGUAAUACACAUUCUGCUAUGUCAACAUAUUCCUUAGAUUACCGUAUCCGUCUCUGUUUACGCGUGACAAACUGUUGGCAUUACUCCUGCGUUUUCUAAUAAUCGCAUUAUUAAUUCAAACUAAAGCAUUUUGAAUCAAUGAUUAGGAAAGAUAAAAAAUUAAACAUCAAAGAAAUUCUUUAUGGAUUCUAUUCUUUGAACUUUAAAUAUGUAUCUGCCUAAUACAUACAUAUAUACAUUCUGCUAUAUCAACAUUUUUCUUAGAUUACCGUAUCCGUCUCAGCUUACGCGUGACGAACUGCUGGCAUUGCUCUUGCAUUUUCUAGUAAUCGCAUUAUUAAUUCAAAUUAAAGCAUUUUCAAUCAAUGAUUAGAAAAGAUAAAAAAUUAAACAUCAAAGGAAUUCUUUAUGGAUUCUAUCCCUUGAACUGUUAUCCUUAUAGGUAACCAGAUUACUCGUAGUGCAGUUUAUCUUGCUAUAUUUUGAGCAUCAGUUCUUCCACAAUUUAUACACAUUUAAUUAUAUAAUAUACUAAUUAGUAUAGUAAAAUAAUUAUUUAUAUAAUUAUAUGUAUAAUGUACACGCGAUAUUUUCAUAAAUUUAUCAUUUUUUGCGUCACUUCUAGGUAUAUACUUUAUUUUGACAAAAACGCUCCAUUGAUCCAACCACAAUUAUUCUCAUUAUUAUUUCUCGAGGAUUGUUUUACGUAUGCAACUUUGUUUAGUUAUCUAUUCGCAUAUUUAUAUUCGCAUUAUCUACUGCUACUGCAAUUAUGCGAUUCGACCAAAGUUCAAUGUGCGUUUGUAUAGGGGGGCACGAAAGGAAGCUCUUGGUGUAAAACAGAUAAAAUUUUUGUUUGAUUAUGAUUUCCGUGACGGUGACGUAAUAUUCCUAUAUAAAUGGGGGUAGAGAGUUCGGAGAAUUCAGUAUAAAUCGUGCUUUUUGACGAGUGAUAAGUUUCAUAGCAAAAGUAUAAAAUUGCUUUCGAAUCACGAUCAGGCUUGCUUUAUAAUUGUAUCGACAUUUUCUUUGCGAAUAAAAGCCAUACGGAUUUAAUACAUCGAAGACUUUAUUACAGUAACAAGAAUUUAUUCUAAAAGAAAUGUCAUGUUGCGUGCUGGCAUUAUGAAAAUUGUGAACAAUAUGAAUAAUAAUAAUUUAACACGUGCGAUAUUGUCACUUUUUUAUAAUAAAAGCCUAUUGAUAAUUCAUAAAAAAUAAUUUUAUGAUCUUGUAUGCGCAGAAUGUAUGAAGGAUAUAUUUUAUAAUUAGAAAGAAAGUAGAAACCCUGACAUAAACCGACACCACUUGCCAAAUUUCAUUUUCUCAUUAAAAACAUAAUAUUAGUGCGAUAAAUGUCUUUAUGACCAGAGUGUACGCACCUCAAAAUCUAAGAAGACGUCUGGAUUUUAUCUAAAUAAAAUCGACUUCUAUCGCCAUCUUAUUUUCUCUUUUCUCAACUACACGUUUCAAACAAAAGACGAUUGGAGGGGAGAGGGUUAUAAGGAAAAAUCUCCACUAAGCCGUCACAAUCGUUGCACAGAUAUGAUGAUCGUGAGACAACUUUGAUAUCCGACUGGCAGAUCGUUCGUCUGGAGCAACGUAACACUGUGUUUACCAACUUGUUUCACCUGUCACUAACCAGCUGAACUGCGUAUGUCCUAUUCGUCCGAAACGUUUAAUACACGAAGGAGCAAGAGAGAAAGUAUAUCAUUGGAAUGAUGUCCGAAAACACACAAACGGGAGCCACGAACUAUGACAACCUCGCGUUAAAAUGCUGGCUUUACUGCAUCGGACCAGUUCGCCGUUGCGAAGAGCUGAAAAAGUUGAAAGCGGAUCUACAGAAUCUCGGAUUAUCACGUAGACAGGUACAUCAAGGCUUGAUACAAUUAGCGACGAAACCGCGUGUAAUCCUUACGCGGCAGAUACCAUAUACAAGAUAUAGACUUAAAAACUUGUCGGAAGAUGAAAGAGGAAAGAAUAUCAUUGAUAAUCUCAGAACAAAUGCUUUAAAUUUGCGUUCACGAAUUGAAGAUAUACAUAAAUCAAACAUGACGGAAAGAUUUAUCAAAGAAGAGAGCAAAUAUAUAAAAAAAGCGGAUGGUGUGACAGCACAUGAAACUGCAUUGAUAAGCAGCAAUCGAGAAUUAUUCAUACCAAACAUAAAAAAUCCAUUAGCAACAAUGCAUUCCUUUGAUGAAACGCUAAAACGGUUGGAUAAAAGUAUUUCCCCGAAAAUGAGAGUGGAUGAAAAAUCCACUAAUACAAGAAAACUGGAAAAUAAUGUAGUUUCAAGUAAAAAAUGUGAUAAAGAUGAAAAUCAUCAUUGUAUUCGUAAAGAUAAAGAUACUCAAAAAAUCCGAGAAAUUCCUAAUUUAAUAUCAGACAAAGUAGGUUCAAACAGAAUAUUAAUGUUUAAUAAAUAUAAAAAAAAACGCAUUGAACCUAAAUUGAAACCAAAAUCUUGUUUUGUCAAGAAGGUAAAUGAUUCUAUAAAAUCAGACGAUUAUAAGAAAGUUUAUACUAAAAGCAUAAAAUUAGAUAUCAGCAAAAAAUUACAUAAUGAUAAGAAGCUUAUAGAUAUGAAAGUGAAUUCCGUAUCAGACAAAAAUAUAUACUCCAAACAUGAGGACAGUACAUUAAAUUGUAACCAUAACACUGAAGAAGUAACAAAAGUGAAAAAAAAUACACAUAAAAGAAAGCUGCAUAAACUAAUGGUUUCAGAUAGGCAUAAAGAAAUUGUCCAAAAAAGAAGAAAAAUAAAAGAUAGAUUUCGAACAUAUUUUGGAGAUUGUAUAAGUAUUAGUGAAGAUGAACAAGAGCAAAAUAUUAUAGAAGAAAGAUUUAGAAAGACAAGAAAAAAGGAUUCUGUUGAUUCUUGUGAGUCUGGAGUGUAUGUUGCUGAAAAAAAUAUAACUAUGACUGCUGCCUGUGUUGAUAUAAUUCAGAAAUCAAAUGAAGAUACAUCUCAAGGGAUCAUUGCUAAUGUUGAUGUAAGUCAUAAACCAAAUGAUGAUAUAUCUCAAGGGACCAUUACUAAUCUUGAUAUAAUUCAUAAAUUGAAUAAGAGUACAUUUCAGGAGACUAUUGUCAAUGUUAACACAAAUAAUGGAUUAAAUGAAGAUACAUCUCAGAGGACCAUUGUCAAUGUUGAUGUAAUUCAUGAAUCAAAUGAAGAUACAUGUCAGGGAAUCAUUGCCAAUGUUGAUACAAAUCAUAAAUCAAAUGAAGGUACAUCUCAGGGUACGAUUGCCAAUAUAAUUCAGAAAUCAGAUGAAGAUACAUCGCAGGGAACUAUUACCAAUGUUGAUACAAUACAUGAAUCAAAUGAAGUUACGGGUAAUACAAAUAAUAAAACUACUAAUCAAAUUGAAGGAGCAACAAAUUUUGUGGAAAUUGAAUGUAAUAAAUUACAAAAUAAUACAUAUGAAAACAAAACACAUAAUAUUGAAAUAGAAAAAAAAGAAUUGUCUCGAAAUAAGUUCAUCAAUUUUUCUGAAAAGAAUGAUAUUGAGAAAAGUAAGCAUGCAUCAAGUGUUACAGAUAUGUUUCAAAUAACUGAGCAAUCAAAAGUUAAUGUUUCUACAACAAAAAUGAAAGCAACAACAGAAAUAAAUAAUAUAUUACCUUCUGACAUUCCGGAAAUUUGUAUCCCAAGUCAUGAUACAGUGACUAUAAGUAAAGAUUUUUCAGGAUCUGAAAGAAGUAAUUUAGAUACAAAAGAUUUUAAUGAUCUUCUUCAUAUGAGACUUUUUAAAACUUGUCAGAUCAGAUCAAAUGAAAAUGUUCAAGAAACUGACAUGAAUGCAGAUAUUGGUGAAAGUACAAAUUUAAAAAAAUUGUCAGAAACACAAAUUAAUUGUAAUCAAAGUACUACAGAAAGAAUAUUAAACCAUACUAAAGAAAAUAAAAAAGUACAAUUAUCUUCUAAUACAAAUAAAACUGAUAAUGUUAUUUCUACAAACAAUAUAUCUAAUGUGAAAAAUAAUGAGAAUGAAUUAGCAGUGAAAAAUUCUGAAUUAAAUAUCUCAGAAAAGAAAGACAUUCAAUCCAAUAAGUUACCUCAAGGUAAAUUAAGAGUUUUAUCUAGUGCAGAACUAGGUGCCAGAUGGUGUCCCACACCUGUAAACAGUGUUACAUCUACUGUUCAAUUUUCACAUAAAAAUACAGAAACUGGAACAGUACCCAAAACAAUAGUUUCUAUUCCCGCACCUGUAUCUGAAACUGCUAGUCGAACAAUUCCUGAGAAUAUGAAGAAAUAUCAUACGGAUUUAGAAUUUUCAAAAUCUUUGUAUGUUACUCUUGUAAAGAUAUAUAAUUUAAUUCAGAUUAUGCGGAAAUUUCCAAUUAAUAAUUCACAUUAUGAUAAAUUAUUAAAUAUGGAAUUCCAAAACGUAAGAAAAAUAUUGAAUACUGACGAUUUUAUUGAUCUAACAACAGAAGUUGUAUCUGUACUUAACAAAACAAUGUUAGUAACUCCACCACUAUCAUUAAACGAAUUGUUUUAUUAUGCACCAUCAGUCAAAUCCUAUUAUGUCCUAAUUUUAAACAAAAAUAAGACUACAAUAAAUAACCUGAAUGAAUGUCGAACUGUAAAAUCUGUAGGUGUUCCAAACCAAAUAACAUUGAAUCAAAAUAGAUGUUUUGAUACACAAGUAUCACAGAAUAUAUGGGCUUCAUCUGUACAAUCCAGGUUACAAUAUUUACUUUCUAUUUUUUUUGAGCAAGGUCAAACACUUUGCCUCAACAUUGUUCCAAACCAACUGCAGCAGAAUUUACAAGAGCAAAUAGUCUUACCCUUGCAAAAUAAUGUUCUUCAAAGCAAUGUAUUGAUAAAUCCCAAUACUGUAAAUAAUAACAGUUAUAAUAAUAAUAUGCAUCAACACACUUAUAGAAUGCAAGUGCAUGCAAAUUUUACUCAACAAAAAGUUUCAAAUGUUAAUUUUGCUGAGCAGAAUCCAGUAACAAAUAUGCAUGCUAGGCAAAGCUAUCCCUUGCAAUAUUCCUUAUUUCCACCUACUGGAAGAAAUCAAUUAGGAGGAGUACAUACUUCUGUAUCAGUUACAAAUGCAUCAUCUAUAAACCAACAAUAUGUUUCAUCUGUUUUUAUACCACAAUCAAAUACAUAUUGUAAUGUAAAUGUACCAAAUUAUACCAUACAGCAAAAUAUGAACUCAACACAUAUGUCACAGAGAACUCAGUUACAAGGUGUCUCACGAUCUGUAUCACCAAAUCGUAAUAUACCACAACCUGUACAGCAAAAUAUGAACUCAACACAUAUGUCACAGGGAACUCAGUUACAAGGCGUCUCACGAUCUGUAUCACCAAAGCGUAACAUACCACAACCUGUACAGCAAAAUAUGAACUCAACACGUAUGUUCUCACGAUCUGUAUCACCAAAUCGUAAUAUAUCACAACCUGUACAGCAAAAUAUGAACUCAACACAGAUGUCACAGGGGACUCAGUUACAAGGUGUCUCACGAUCUGUAUCACCAAAUCGUAAUAUAUCACAACCUGUACAGCAAAAUAUGAACUCAACACAGAUGUCACAGGGGACUCAGUUACAAGGUGUCUCACGAUCUGUAUCACCAAAGCGUAACAUACCACAACCUGUACAGCAAGAUAUGAAUUCAACACAUAUGUUACAGGGGACUCAGUUACAAGGUGUCUCACGAUCUGUAUCACCAAAUCGUAAUAUAUCACAACCUGUACAGCAAAAUAUGAACUCAACACAGAUGUCACAGGGGACUCAGUUACAAGGUGUCUCACGAUCUGUAUCAUCAAAUCAUAACAUACCACAACCUGUACAAACUAUGGUUGCAACGAAUAUAUCACAUUCUGUACCAAAAAAUUCACAACACAUUGAACAGAAACAUAAAAAAAUAAUUCCUCAAAAAAGGAUACCAAUGGAAGUUCUACAAAAUCGUACAUCUGAAGAAGUAGCAUCAUCUCAACAAUUAAAGAAAAGUACACUCAGACGAUUAAAGAAGAAAGAAAAUCUGCAAGUUUCAUUAGAAUCAACAACAAACCUAUUCGAUAUAUUGAAAUAUAUCUCUGAUAUCCAAAAACUUAUAUUAUUGAAACAAUUAGACUACUACUUUGGUUGUACCACUUGGUUACAACAACAGUUUACUUCAGAAAAAUGGCAAGAAAUUCAUUCAGAGAGAUCUGUAUUACUUUAUUUCCAAACACUCCUAAAACAUUUAGUAGAAAAAACAAUAAAAAACCUUUCACCAGAUAACUAUCAAACAAAUAUACUUAAAAAUAUUGAAAUUGAUGUUCCAAAAGUGAUACAAAUUACAGUAAAAGAAAACAAUGGAAUAUGCUGUCAAGUUGAAGCAUCUAAAAGUAACCAAGAACAGUAUAAUGCAAUGAAUAUUAAACAAAAUUGCACAAAUUAUGAAGAAAAUUCAAAUGUUACAAUAACACAAAACCAAUGUGAAAAAGAACAUGAAGCAACUGAUAAUUCACAGACAAAUAGUUCUUCGAUUAAACAGAAUUUACAAAAUCAUCAAGCAUCAGACGUUGAUGUGUGUCAAGAGAAUAAAGUGGAAAGGGAACCAAACAGCUCUAGGAAUAUACAUAAUUCAAAUACCAAAGAACAGAAUUUAGAUGAGUCAAAAAAAAUAACUGAAAAUAUUUCUCAAGUAGUCAAAGAAAAGUUAUCAGCACUAUCAAAUAUGAAAUUGCUUGACACCCUGCUGCAGUUAAAUCCUCAUCUAGUUACUGUAGAAAUUUCUUCUAAGAAUGAUCAAGUAACUGUUGUUGAUACUAGUGCUAAUAGUGAAAAUACACCAAAAUCCGAAGAACCUGAAGAAUAUCAAGAACAUCAACACUUAAAAGGUACUAUUACUGAUGACUUAACAGUAUCUUCAUUCAAAUCUCCAAAUAACAUUGAGUAUUUUAAUAAUAAGGAAUCACACAACACUUCGUUGGAGAGAUCUCCCACAACUUAUAUUAAGGAUGUUAGAAGUAUAUCAAUGGAAACAUAUUUAAAAAUUGGUGUAACUAAUAAUGUUCUUGCAAAUACUAUGGAAGAAAAUAUUGAAGAGGAAGAAAUUAAAAUAUGUUUAUAUUGUGGCAAACCUAGUACUGUAGCAUGUAUAAUUUGUUUAGAAGCUAAAUAUUGUUCUAAAGAAUGUUCUCAAUUACAUUGGAGAGAUCAUUAUAAAGAUUGCUCACCUGUAGAAAGAAGUAUAUCUUCAUAAUUGAAACUUAGUAUUAUUUUUUAUCUUAUUGUCACAAGAACCUACAGCUGCACAGCUAUAGUUUCGUGUUAAUCAGUAUUGAUGUCUUUGGUUAGAAUAUAAGGAUAUUAAUAUAGAUUUUCUUUAUUAAUGUUAUAAAUUAUUAUUUUUGACAAAAAAUGAAGAGAUGGCUGUUGUAUUUAAAUAUAAAAAAUAAACUUCUCAAAUAAUGGUUGAAUUGUUUUUAGCAUAUAAUUAUAGAUAUAUGUGAAUUUUGAUCAAGUAAAUAUAUAUACACUUCACUAAAUUCAAAUUUAUUUUUUUAUGUUUUCAGCAAUACAGAUUAAACACAUACAAACUAUAUAUUAAUUCUAUUAAAUAGCUACUCUUCUUCAUAACCAAUACCAGGUACAUAAUUCUUUUUCGCAUUAUGAAAGAGUGAAUGUUUUCCAUCCUUCCAUGGGAAACCCUACACAAAGACAAAAAUAAUUAAAUCUUGCGGCAGUAUUUAGUACUUUUGCAACUAUUUUAGUAUUUUUAAUUAUUUUUUUCUUCCUAUUUAAAUCUUACCUUAUUCAUUACUUUCAUAUAUGGAUAGUGAAUGAACUCUGGAGCUGGUUCAUGACUUUCUUCAAGAAUUUUGAUAUAGCAAUUAACCAUAGCAACUCCCAAUAAAGGGACACCCACAAAA